AUAGGCGUCUUUAGGUCACAGGGAUUUUCUCUUUCAUCUUUCUCUCUAAUCUCUCAAUCCUCUUGUUGGAAGCUCAAUUUACAGAGAGAAUAAAAAUCAAUCGCUACGACUCAAGGAAAGCCUCGUGGAAUCUCAGUACUGAAGAAGAUUACAAAGCUGGUGCCUCCCUUGUUUCGAUUCUGUCUCUCCGCCCCCCCCCUCCUUCUUAAUCUCGUUUGGUCACGGAGUCUGGAGUGUGGUUAAAGGGUUAUUAAUCCUUAUCUAUGCGAUCGUUCUCGAUACUUUGAUGCCUCAGGAUCACGCAUCUUGGGAUCGGAAGGAGCUCCCCAGGCUAAGGAAGCGUGAUAGGCCCUCCGAGCCACCACCGCCCUUCGAUUCGCCUCCUUCUCCUUCUUCUCACCGCGACUUUUCACGUUGGGGAUCUGCUUCUGACUUCCGCAGGCCUAAUUGUAAUGGUAAGCAGGGCGGAAGGUACGACUUUGAGGAGGAAACUAGUCAUGGUUACACAUCUUCCCGGUCCAGUGCUCGGAUGUUUGAGAAUGACUACCAUAGACCGUUGGCACCACGUGGAGACUGGCGAUAUGCCAGGAAUUUCAGGGAUGAUAGGGUUCCGUUUAGCCACAAGGACUGGAAGGGCGAUACAUGGGAGAUGAACAACGGAUCUUCUAGAGAUUUUGAGAGGCCGUUUGGUGUUAGAAAUGGUCGGAGGUCAGUUGAUGAAAGGCCGCCACAUGCUUCAGAUACUCAUACUACUCUGGUGAACACUUGGGAUCCUCCACCCAACUUCACACAUCAGCCUGAAAUGUGUACCCCAGUUCGGACACUCAAAUUUGCAAAUGAGCAAAACAAUUCUGAUCAAAGGCCAUCAUCACUUCCUAUAGAUCCUCGUCCUGAUCGGCCUUCUUCGGAGAACAGCUAUGACAAUAAAGAGUGUUCUACAGAAAACCAAUGCAAUGGUUUGAUGUAUGCUCGAAGGUUAGCUUAUGAUAAUUCAUUAGAACCUCCAAUCCGCAAUACAGAGCUAGAGGGGACUCGGAAACCGCACCUGAAAGACAUGCAAGACAAUAGAUUACGUGGAGUCGGUGAUUUAGACGGUGCCAUGAAAAGUGGGAAGGAGAGUUCUCUGGGAGCAGUUGGAAAACUUCCAGUAUGGCCGCAGGAUCACACAUCUUGGGAUCGGAAGGAGCUCCUAAGGCCAAGGAAGCGUGAGAGGCCCUCCGAGCCACCUUUUGAUUCUCCUUCUUCUCACCAUGUUCCCCGCGAGUAUUCACGUUGGGGAUCUGGUGACUUCCGCAGGCCUAAUUGUCAUGGUAAGCAGGGCGGGAGGUACCAGUUUGCGGAGGAGACUAGUCAUGACUACUAUAGACAAUCAGCACCACGUGGAGACUGGCGAUAUACCAGGAAUUGCAGGGAUGAUAGGGUUCCUUUAAGCCAGAAGGAGAAGUGCAAUACAUUGGACAUGAGCAACAGCUCUUCUCGAGCUUUUGAGAGGCCAUGUGGUGUUAGAAAUGGUCGGAGGUCAGUUGAUGAAAGGCCGCUACAUGCUUCAGAUGCUCAUACUACUCUGGUGAACUCUUGGGAUUCACCCAACUCCACUCAUCAGCCGGACAUUGAGAUGUGUACCCCAGUCCAGACUCUCAAAUUUAAAAACGAGCUGAAAUUUUCUGAUCAAAGGCCAUCACUUCCUAUAGAUCCUCAUUCUGACUGUCUUAGCUUGUCUGAACGGCCUUCUUCGGAAAACAGUUAUGAAAAUAAGGAGUGUUCUACUGCAAAUCAGUCCAAUGGUUUGAUGUAUGCUCGAAGGUUAGCUAAUGAUAAUUCAUUAGAUCCUCCAAUCCGCCAUGCAGAGCUAGAGGGGACUCGGAAACAGCUUCACCUGGAAAACAUGGAAGAUAAUAGGUUACGUGGAGGGUUACGUGGAGUCAGUGAUUUAGACGGUACCAUGAAAAGUGGGAAGGAGAGUUCUCUGGGAGCAACUGGGAAACCUCCAGUAUGUUCUGGGAGUUUUUCGUCUCAGAGUUCAGGUUUUAGUCACUCAAGUAGCUUUAAAAGCUUGGGGGCUGGUGACUCCAGCGAUCGAAAGCAGAAAGUUAUUCCUAAAAUUGUUGCUGCGACGCAAUCUUCUUCAGGAGAUGCUACUGCAUGCGCCACAACAACUCUGUCCGAGGAGAUGAUCGCUAGAAAGAAACGUCUUGGGUGGGGGGAGGGCCUAGCGAAAUAUGAGAAUAAGAAAGUUGAUGUUAACACAACCGAGGAUGGAACGGCUUUAUUGGAAAACGGUACAGGGGAAUUGCGUUCUUUGAACAAAAAUAUUACUGAUGAAAGUCCUACAGCAGCUAUUGCUCCAGAUUAUGGUUCCCCUACAACUCCAUCCUCUGUAGAUUGCAGUUCAUCACCAGGGUUUGCAGAUAAAUCAUCUGCGAAGGCUGCUAUAGGUGCUAGUGAUGUCAGUAACAUGUGCCGUUCACCAAGUCCCGUGUCUAGUAAUUACCUUGAACGACUUCCAAUCAAUAUAGAUGAGCUUGAUGACGUUUCAAUGGAACGAUUUGGCUGUUUGCUCAGUGAGUUGCUUGGUACUGAUGAUCCUGUUAUAGGGGAUUUCUGUUCCGCUCAGUUGACAUCAAUGAACAGAUUACUUGCCUGGAAAGGUGAUAUUUUGAAAGCUGUGGAGAUGGCUGAGUCUGAAAUUGAUCUGCUUGAAAACAAACAGAAGGCACUAAAAAUUGAAGGUCGAAGACAGUGUCGUGCUGUUGAACCCAGUUCAUACGUUUGUCAGGGGGAUGAAAAUGUGUUCAAGAAGCAGGAAAAUCCUUGUAUUUUGGGCCCCAAGAUAGUAGCUUCCUCUGUAGCUGAAACGCUGGUUAGAGAUCCUGUUCAUCAGGCUGUUUCAGCCAAGGCUCCUGUUGAAAUCUUUGGAGAUAGUACUGGAGAAGUUAAAUCUCUAACCCAGGCCUUUGCCACUGCCGGAAGCAAUGAAGAUAUUUUACCCAUACCGUCUGUGAGGGCAGUUGCUUCUUCCAAAGCGAUUAACACAUCUGCUGUUUCCAGUCAGGAAGCUAUUGACCUUUUUUCUGCUGAUGAUAUGGUCUCUAAUGAAGACUUGCACUGUGCUAAGUUAUUAUCUACCAAUAAGAUAUAUGCCAGUGAAUCAUCUGGAGUAUUUAAUGAAUUGCUUCCAAGAGAAUUCAGUUCGUUUGAUGACUCACGAUUCCUUGGCGUACGUCAAAGACAGUUUGAUUCUCAUGUCAAAGAAAAAAUUGCCGAUAGGAUAGAGCUCUUGAGAGCUAGGGAGAAAAUUUUGCUACUUCGGUUUAAAGCGUUUCAGUUCGCAUGGAAGAAAGAUCUUCAUCAACUAGCUUUAACAAAGCACCAACCGAAGUCUAACAAAAGAACCGAAGUGUUACCGAAUGCAAAAAUUAGUGGGCGUCUGAAGCUUCCCCAACCUUUACGCCUGAGGCUCUCUUCUUCAGCUCAGAGAAGGGAUAGUGUAGCGUCCACGACAGAGCUCGUAAGUUACAUGAAAAAACUACAAAAUGGUACCCAUUUAACGCCUUUUAGAGACAUUUUGAGGAUGCCUGCGAUGAUUUUGGAUGAGAAAGAGAGGGCGAGGUCACGUUUUAUCUCCAGUAAUGGGAUGAUUGAAGAUCCAUGUGACGUUGAGAAGGAAAGAACAAAAAUUAAUCCUUGGACCCCAGAGGAGAAAGAGACUUUCCUGGAUAUGCUAGCAAUGCACGGGAAGGAUUUCAAGAAAAUUGCUUCAUAUCUUUCUCAGAAGACAACUGCGGACUGUGUCGAAUACUACUACAAAAACCACAAGUCUGAUAGUUUUGGGAAGAUAAAGAAGCAGCGUGGUUAUGGUAAAGAAGGGAAACACACCUACAUGUUGGCGCCACGAAAAAAGUGGAAUCGUGAGAUGGGGGCUGCCUCUCUUGAUAUUUUAGGUGCCGUCUCAAUCAUAGCAUCAAACGCAGGCAAGGUUGCAUCAACCAGACAGAUCUCUUCCAAAAGGAUUACCCUUAGAGGUAGCAGCAGUUCUAGUUCAUUGCAGCAUGAUGGCAAGUACUCUGAAGGGUGCUCCCACAGUUUCGGUUUCCCUCGUAAGAGAAAUCUUGGUGCAGAUGUUGUAGCUGUUGGUCCUUUGUCAUCAGAGCAGAUAAACUCUAGAGAGGAGUGUAUGUAUCAUCUGAAGAUUGAUCCUGCUGCAAAAAAACCUCGGAUAUCUCAUUCUACACAUAAUGAGAACAGCAAUGAAGACGAUGACUCAUGUUCCGAAGAGAGCUGCGAAGAAACGGGACCUAUUCAUUGGACCGAUGCUGAGAGAUCUGCCUUUAUACAGGGGUUCUCGCUAUUUGGCAAGAAUUUUGCUUCAUUAUCGAGCUUCGUCAGGACAAGGUCUCCGGAUCAGUGUAGGGUUUUCUUUAGCAAAGUUCGGAAAUGCCUUGGGUUGGAAUGUAGACAGUCUGGAUCUGCAAAUGUGAGCACAUCCGCAAGUGUUGAUAAUGCCAAUGAGGGUGUUGGUGGAAGCGACUUGGAGGAUCCUUGUGCCAUGGAGAGUAUUGCUGCCAUAUGCAAUGAUGGAGUUAGCGCCAAGAUUGGUCUGAAUUCGCCAACCUCUCCUUUUAACAUGAAUCAGGAUGGAGCUAAUCAUUCAGGCUCUGCAAAUGUGGAAGCCGGCCUUAGUAGAUCAGAACAAGAUAUUGGGCUGACAUUACUGUGCUUGAAAGAUGGUACCAGUCUCGUGAACAAUGCAUGUAGCAAUGGGGAUUUCCCGGGUGUAGUUUCGGAACCUUUGGUAAACAAUAUUACUGGUGAGACCCAGUGUCAGGCUGCAGAGCAAAUUAACAGUAAUGAUCCACUGUCAAUGGAAAUAGAUGAAGGUAAUUUAACAUCUGUCGCUGAGGAGACGAUUAAGAGCAGUGAUCAACUGUCUAUGGAAUUAGAAGAAGGUAAUUUAACACCUGUCGCUGUAUCUUCUGACCCCUUGUAUUGUGGCGCAAGCGCUAUUAUUGUAGAGACACCCACAGAAAGCUCACACAAGGGCUCAGGAGGUGAAGGUGCUGCAUUGCCUAAUCAAAGCUCAAAGCAGCAGGAUGGAGUGAACGAAGCUGCAAAUAGGGCCAUAAAUAAUGGCCUUGAGGCUGAAGCUGCACCUUCAAGUUUCAGGUACCCUGAGUGUCUGCACCACGUUCCCAUUGAGGAAGACCUUGUAGACGUCAGUGUACCACAAGGAGAUCCCAGUUGCCAUACAGAGUCCGAGUUAUCAAAUUCUCUUGUUGUCCAAACUAAUAACAUGGGCUGGCAGUUUUCUGAGGUCAAUCUGAAUUUGGAUAGGAGGCUUCGGAUUGUAGGCCAUGCGAAACCUGAGCAGAGUGGUCGAUUAAAUGCUACUAGUACGGAACCUUGUCAAAUUCCUUGGAGAUCAUUCACACAAGAUCCGAGCAGGAUUAGUAGGUCAAAAUCUGAUUUGAUUGUGAAUAACCAACAUACAGGUGAAGGUUUCUCACUCAAAAAGUGUACUAGCUCAGCUACUAAGCCUCUGACAGUAUUCCAUAAAGAUGGAAGAUCUGGUCAUAGCAGGAGACACUCUUUUAGUUUGUCUGAUUCUGAGAGGCUCGAUAAAAAUGGAGAUGUGAAGCUGUUUGGCACAGUACUAACCGCAGAUGAUAAUGGAAGCAAGCAGAAACAAAAUCCAGGCGGAAGUAUCAGGUCAUCGUCAACAUUGAGCGGGGACCAUCAGUACAUUAAUCAGCAACACCUUCAGAAUGUUCCUAUUACGAGCUACAGUUUCUGGGAUGGCAGCAGAAUCCAAACCGUGCUCACAUCUUUGCCAGAGUCUGCCAAGUUGCUUGCAAGUUACCCCGAAGCACUUAGCACGCAUCUUAAGCAGCAGGUUGUUAGUAGCAAAGAGAUUCAGCUGGAUGUUAGUGGAAUUCUGAGCUUUGGAAAGCAUAUCGAAGAGAGAGCAGAUGUCUCUAGCGGUAAGGAUGAAAGGUAACAUAGGAGAAGGGGAAAUGGUUUAGCAGAAGCAACCAGGUGAACCAAAAACUUCUUAGGGUCAUUACUAUUAGUUUGUUUUGGAUUUCUUUGUUUGUCAUCCUGUAUCAUAUCUCAUUUUUUGUCAUCUUUCUUAAUUUAGAAAUGUCAGUCGAUAUAGGCAUUUUGUUUUCCUUCUUUUGGUUCAACUUAAGUUAGGUGCCUCCACAAAAUCCAUAGAUGAUGUUUGUAUUUGUAUUGUUGCUGACAAUAACAUGGAAAGAGAGAUAACUCUUGAAGAAGAAUAACAUCUAAUGUUGUCUGGUGGAAGACUAACUCAA